AUGCCAAGCGCAUCACUGGAUGUCUUGCAGACGCAGAAGAUCGACACUGAGCCCGAGAUCCAGGAAGAGCUCACCAAGCUGGAAGACCAGCUUGACCUCCUGGAGCGACCGCCGAAAAUGAUCUUCGAUGUCGACACGGACAAUGGCAUUCAGCAGAUCCGCGUUUACGAGGGAGACGACUGCUACACACUCGCCAAGCAGUUCUGUGACAAAGUUGGGCUGGAUAACGAGAUGGCCGGGCUCCUUGCCGCCAACAUGGAGCAGCGUAUGUACCAGGAGUUUGAGUGA